CUUUUUCUUUUUCCAAAUCAAAAUUCCUGAUUAAAGUACCCUUCUCAUCUAGGUUUUGUCUUCUGGAAGGAAGUCUCUCCUCUCUCUCUCGGUCGGCGAAGACGUUCCAAGUCCUUAAUCCUGAUGGAAUCGGUACAGCGAAUGACAACACUAGUAUAUUUCCUCGGAUUCCUCCACUCAAACCCUAACUUUCCAUAUCCCAACGCAAAAAAACCCUAGUUUUCCAUAUCGCCGAAUGUAAGCAAGAUGCUUUAUUAACUAACUAUUAAUCGGCUCAAUCCGGGUAAAGAAGGGAUCGCUAUGUUCCAUACUGACUUACUUCGUAUCGAAGAAUCGUGACUUUGCAGUUCCCCUCCCUAUAAAUAGGAAAUCGGGUGCAGGCUCUACAGGAUACUAUUCUGAUAUUAGUGAAGGUCUGGUUCAGGUCGGGCAAAGGAUCAAUCAAGUAGACGUAAAAUCUUACUUUUUUCCUGGCUUGAGGAGUGAAAUUGCUAUAUGCGUCACACAUGCAUGCCGAACCUUGUUUUCUAGGAUAGUAGCCUCGCUUGACUGACCCAGGAUUGCUCCGAGUGAAACUUGAAACUGAAGACAGCAGGGCAAUAGAAUAGAAAGCAAAAAAAACCCUAGUUUUCCAUGGCCACAGGGAAGAAACAAUCGGAAGGUAUAGCCCUGCUCUCCCUCUCCUCCAUCUAUGGCGACGAAGACGAUGAAAUGGAGGAUGUUAACAACGAAUACAAAGAAGAACAACAAGACGACUUCAUGACUGAUGGUAACGACGUUAACAUUACAGAGGAUGAUUCAAAGAACAACAGUGAUCAGAUUGUUCAUUCUGAUCCUGCCAAUGAUUACACACCGCCACCUUCCAAUGAAGUUUCUAGCCCUAAAUCCCUCAAUUUCGGGACUUCGACGCCGCAAAAUGAUCAGCUUUCUCUCUCGUCGCCACAACCACUGCCGCCGCAACAACAGCUUCCGUCGGAUUCGAAUAGAAUUAGAAAGGGGACACUAACGAUUGUUGAUUACGGUCACGAUGAAGGUGCACUCUCCCCUGAAGCUGAGGAGGGAGAAAUAGUAACCACUGGUCGUGUUAUGUUUGGUGUGGAGCUUCAAACAGCUAACGUUUUAGGUGACUUCCAAGAAAAAACGCCUUCAGGAACUGUCCAGGUCCUAACGCCAAACACUCAAGCAACUCCUCCUCAAUCAUCCGAACAACUCAAUCCAUCACAGUCUGAUCCAAUGAACUAUGCUGUAAAUGAAUCAGAACCUGCAGAGGUUGACAAUGCUGAUCAAAUUUCUAUAGAAGUGCCAAAAGAUGUUGAUCCAUUGGACAGAUUUCUGCCCUCGCCUCCAAAAUCCAAGUGCUCUGAUGAACUGCAAGAAAAAAUCAAGAAGUUUCUUGCAUAUAAGAGAAGUGGAAAAAGCUUUAAUUCAGAAGUCCGCAACAGGAAGGAAUAUCGGAACCCUGACUUCUUGCAGCAUGCAGUGAUGUAUCAAGACAUUGAUCAGAUAGGAUCUUGCUUCAGCAAAGAUGUAUUCGACCCUCGUGGAUAUGACAAAAGUGACUACUAUGAUGAAAUAGAGGCUGAUAUGAAACGUGAAAUGGAGAGGAAGGAGCAAGAAAAGAAGAAGAGUCAAAAGGUUGAAUUUAUCGGGGGAGGAACACAGCCUGGAACAGUUGCUUUGGCACCAAAAAUUAACAUGCCAAUUACAGGUGUAUCCACUGUGGUUGCUGGUGGAUUGCAUUCAGUUCCAGCUGCAGUUGAUGCUGUGGCUCGGGAUGGUAGGCAGAAUAAGAAAUCAAAGUGGGAUAAGGUUUCCAUAGAUGCUGUGGAUGGUGAUCGGAGGAAUCCUCUGCCGGCCGGAGGGCAGGAUUCUGUAUCUGCUGUUGGAUCACAUGCAGCCAUUCUGUCUGCUGCUAAUGCUGGUACUGGAUAUACUGCUUUUGCGCUACAGAGACGACGGGAGGCAGAGGAGAGAAGAUCUAGUGAAAAGAAAUUGGACAGAAGAUCUUGAGCCAAUCAUUGUGCGUGUUUACCAUGAAACUAUCAGAUGGGAUGGCUCCGUACAAUGUUGUGACUCGUAGGCUUGUAUUCUGUGGUCAGAUAAAAAAAUUUGUACAUGGGCAGAACGAAAAUGCAUUUCUAUCUUGAUUACUGCCUUAUAAUUUUUUCUAGAACUGUUGGCGAAUCACAUCCUUUUUCUUCCCCUAGAAUGGUUGGUGAAUCACAUCCUUUUUCUUGCCCCGAGGCAGUGCCUAUUCUAAUGGGCAAAUUGCUUCAUUUCAUCUCUCUUUUCUUCCCCUUCCCGUUAAUUAAGAUUAUCCUAUAGUGCACCCCGUUGUUUAAUUUUAUAUAGUGAAUCAAUCAAAUUUUUCUUCAAUUUGGUACUUCACCGGAGGUGUGGUCAUAGUUUUUAAUUAUAGAUAUUGUUUAGAAAAAUAGUGAGUUUUGGUACUCUUUUCCUAGUAAGCUUUGUACUUUCAUAAGGUUCCUAGUUCCUAUCGAUGAUCAAUCGGUUGUUCUGGUCUAAUCAUGUUGGAUACCACGUGUUUGCCAUACUUCUGAAGAAUCAUAUAAAUUGGAAGGUUAUGUUCCAUUAUUACUGGACUUUCUUUUUGACAUUGCAGAAUAAGUGUGAUCUUCGCUUCCAGAAUUCUCUGUUUCUUGUGUAUUGGAACUGGGGUUUUGAAUAACUUGCCUCUUGGCAAGGGAUUUCCUUGUUUAUAUGGUGAAGAUUUUGACUCCCGGAUUUCUCUGUUUUAGGUGUAACCUUGACCCCACUUUCAAAUAUUGCCUAGAUUGAUUAUGAGAACUGAAUCUUUUUAGAUGGUUUAUAUAUAUACAAAUCAUUACAAAUAUGUAUCAGUAGUCAAUCCUUGUUUUUUUUCCCGUCAAAAUCAACCUUCACAUGCUCAAUCAAAUCCCUAGCCGAAAGGAAUCUCUUUGGAAAUAAUUGAAAAAGAAGGUAUGACCCUACCCUUUGUCAUCUCCAUCACCACAGGUUCUAUUACUUUGUCUCAACUUUCUUAAUUUUGUAUGUAAUUUUCAUAUUAAGACGGGUAAACUUUCAGCCAAUUGCACAAAACCUCCCUGAAUUAACAAUUGCCUCCUGAACUAUGAUAAAGCUCCAGUUUAGGACAUCAGGUGAGGUCUUCGGCACCGGAAAAAGAGGAUAACAAUAUUACCCUUUAGUAUGUGUCAAACAAAUCUUAACCAUCCAAUAGAAUUGUGACAGCACACCUUAUCUACCUCAUCCUUAUCACCAAACCACCACUCAUUUCAGCGCGCCAAACACGGCCUUACACACAAGGCUUUCUCUCUCUACGCUCUAGUUUUCCCACCGUCGACGACAUUGUCGACCAAAAAGUUUUGCCUUGGGUCUGUAUGAUGCUCAUCAAAAAGGUUUGUUUGUGGUUCACUGGAAUGAGACUUCACUGGUUUGCUCGCAGUGCCGGCGUUCAUGGAGUUUGAGGUUGGCUCUCACCAGUUUCGCUGCCUGUUGAUUCUUAGAGCUUUUCAUCGGCGUCAGCGGUAAUGGAGUUUAAGGUUGGGCUCUCACCGGUUUUAAUGGAAAAACUUUCAUUUUGAUUGGAGUGGCCGAAAACAGUUCCAAUAUUAUCCCUUUUGACGGGCACAGUUAAGUGUGAUUACCAAAAAAAAAAUACAUCAACGCCAUCCGCAUCCCCACACCGGUGACCUAAAUCUAUCAACAUCGGUGACCAAAAAUAAAGAAUUCAUCAACACCAUCCCACGCCGCACCGGUGACCCAAAAAAGAAUCCAUCGAAGCUACCAUCUUACUUUAUUGGGGCCCAAUUAGUAAACACUAAUCCUUAAUCUAUACCUCCAAUUUAUAUGUAAACCAUUUGGGUGUCCUCUGUUUCUUCCUGGCAAACACGAAAUAGUCACGUAGUAAUUUGCAGAGGGUUUUGUCGCUGUUGCUUAGGCUAUAAAAGUGAAAUCCCCAAAUCAACAGCAGCAAUUGAAGCCUUGCCUCUACCCAUUCGAACCUUAAGCUUGCAAAUUGCCGAUAUCACCGUUUUGAUUCUCUGCAACUGCAAGGCAUUGUAGAUUCACAAAUUGAAGCACUGUCUGUGAUCUACAAACCCUUAUAAGUGAAAUUUCUUUGAUUUAUAGUGUGAGAAACGAAGAUUUUGUUGA